AUGCCUUCACAACCGUCCAAUGCAGGCAUCGUCACCGACGCGAACAGCGGCGAGCGCCACAUUCCAGAGUCAGUUCGUCCAGACGGCACCACCAGAAAGGCCAUCAAGAUCAAACCCGGUUACCGUCCUCCCGAGGAUGUGGAGCUUUACAAGAACCGCACUGCCGAAGGCUUCAGGAGCCGCGGUAAAGCUGGUGUUCUCGGCGCUGACGCUCUGAAUGGCCAGAAGACCGAGCUGCCUUCUGCUGCAAGCAACAAGAAUGCCAAGCGUCGCGAGGCACGGAAAAAGGCCAAAGAAGGCCAGGGCGAUGCAGCCGAUGACAAGCCCAGGGACGAACCUGCCGAAGAGCUGGACCCUGAAGCCGAAAAGGAGAAGAAGGCCCGUAACCUCAAGAAGAAGCUGAAGCAGGCCAAGGACUUGAAGAGUAAGAAGGACGAAGGCCAGUCUCUGCUGCCCGAGCAAAUCGCCAAAGUCAUCAAGAUAAACGAGCUUAUCAGGGAACUUGAAGCUCUCGGCUUUGAUGCCGAGGGCGAGCCAAAGGCUACCAAUUGCCCAGCCCAAGAUACCGACACCAAGAAGGAAGGUUGA